AUGACCUCGCAACACCAGCUGGUUUCUGGCAUGGGAACACCCGCCUUGUGUUUCGUGCCAAGCAUUCGCUCCCUGUAUGUAGUCAAAGAGGGAGAAGGAGAAGAAGACAGUUCUGCCUGCCAGGAAGGAGACAUGGCUGCUGUGUUCCUCCCAGGGAACCUUCAAGAUGAAGCCACUUGCUCGGUCUGCCUGGAGUAUUUCAAAGACCCCGUGUCCAUCGAAUGUGGGCAUAAUUUCUGCCGAGGUUGCAUCACAAAGAGCUGGAAGGGCAUGGACAGAGAUUUCCCCUGUCCUCAGUGCAGGGAGAUUACCCAGUACAGGAACUUCAGACCCAACCGACAACUGGCCAACAUGGCCGAGAUCAUCAGCCAGUUCAUCUUGCGUGGCACAAAGGGCCUUGAAGAGGACGGGAUGUGUGAGAAGCACAAGGAGGCUCUGAAGCUCUACUGCAAGGAUGACCAGAAGACCAUCUGUGUGGUGUGUGACCGGUCUCGGGACCACAGGCCUCAUGCUGUCGUGCCUGUCGAAGAAGCUUCCCAGGAGUACAAGGAACAACUACAGGCCCGUCUGGAUUUUUUGAAAAAAGAGAGACAAGAGCUUCUAGACUUCAAAACGCAGGAUGAUCAAAAGAGCCAAGAUCUUUUGAAAACCAUAGAGAUCGAGAGGCAGAAGGUGAUCUCUGAAUUUGAGGGGUUGCGUCAAUUCCUGUAUGAGCAGGAGCAGCUCCUUCUGGGACAGCUGGACAAGAUGGAAAAGGGCAUCACCAGAAGGCAGAACGAGAACAUCACAGAGCUCUCCAAGGAGAUCUCGCUCCUCAACAAACUCAUUUCCGACUUGGAGGAGAAGAUCCAAGAACCAGUGCUUGAAUUCCUAAAGGAUGUGACAAGUGCUCUUGUCAGGAGUGAUGAUCUUAAGUGUCAGCUCCCCAUCCCUGUUUCUUCGGAUAUGAAAGGCCACAUCUCCAAUUUCUCUCUGAAGACUGUGGUCCUCAAGGGCGUCCUGAAGAAAUUCAAAGACAAUCUGCGCGAUGAAUUGGGGAAAGGGGAGAAAGAAGACCUUCUCCUGGACCCAGAGACAGCCAACCACCUCCUUAUCCUCUCGGCUGACCUCAAGAGUGUGAGGAUGGGAUGCCGGAAGCAAGACCUGCCCGACAACCCCAAACGCUUUGAUACCAACUCCCGUGUCUUGGCAACGGAGGGAUUCAAGUCGGGGAGGCAUUAUUGGGAGGUGGAGAUGGGGUCUGCGGAUGGCUGGGCCUUUGGAGUGGCCAAUGAAUCGGUGCGGAGGAAAGGAUUGACCCAAUUUUGUCCGGAAGAGGGAAUCUGGGCCUUGCAGCAACAUGGCGGCCGGUACUGGGCUGUUACUUCCCCUCAGAGGACCCCAAUUUUCCUGCCAGAGAAGCUCAACAAAAUUAGGGUCUACUUAGACUUUGAGGGGGAAGAGGUGUCUUUCUACAACGCCGAGAACAUGCAACACAUAUUCACAUUUAAUGUCCCUUUCUCUGAGAAGAUAUUUCCGCUCUUCUCAGUUUGCUCCACUAUGACCUAUGUUAAAAUCUGUUCCUGAACUCAGCGGGAUGUUUUGCUGAGGUGCUGAGUCUGUGUUGGCAGACGCUGCAAAUUAAGGAUUGUUUUGUUAGGCCCAGGCCUUGCUGACCACAAUGUAGGGCCUGAUUGCAUGACAAAGGUAUGCAGGGUGGCUUAUGUGCUUGAGAAAGCCUGCAUGGUGGCCUAUGUACUGUGGCAGGUAACUGGCGGGCGUCAGCUGCUAUGCUAUGUAAAAUGGCGUUUCCUCAGCAGAUGUUAAAUUGAAUUCUGUGCAAGGCAAGGCAGUGAGUGACGUGAGUGAUUUAUUCUGGGCACCCACGGGGUUGUAGGAUGAGACUGUGCUUCAUUAUAAAUUUGCAACCUGCUAUUUCCCCCAUCACCACCUGUUCACACACACUGUGGCCUGCUCUGGAUUCACACAGGAGAAUGAAGUGACAAAAU